UGUUGUCCUGCGACCUGUUGAACAAAGGUUCUGUCCCACAAUACUCCUCCUACUAUUACUACUGCUACAAGUAUAAUACUUAUACCACGACAGUACUAUACUAUUGAUUAUGGAGAAUAUGAAUCUAAGUGACCUCCUCAUUUGAAUGAAUCCCCACAUUAAAGCUGUUUGACUCCAGAUUGAGUUUCAUUGAUUUGCUGGUGACAUGUUUGAGCGGCUGUGAACCGCUCGUCAUGAGGAAGAAGAAGAAGAAGUCGAGCAGAGGAAGAACAUGUGACCACAUCCUGACUCUCUCUCAGGCAGAGGCACUUCAUGAUGGUUCAGAAAUGAAAACCUGGUGUAAUAUCCAUCAACAGAACAGAGCACUGAGCUGACCAGGAUCUCCUGAAGCAGAUCAACAGAUUCACGUGACGACAUCAUCCUGACGACAACCUGCGACACACACAACCAUGCACACACACACUCAUCAUGUCUGACCUGUGGACCUUCUCCUCCUCCUCUCCUCCUCCCAUCAUCCAUCAGUCAGCUCCGCCCCUCUCCUCCCCCUCAUCACUCAGAAACCACGGAAACGCUCCCCACCUCCUCCCUCCUCCUCCUCCUCCCUAUGUGACCUCCCCUCAGCACCUCCCUCCUCAGCUCCUUCCUCCUCAGCACCUCCCUCCUCAGCACCUCCUCUCCGGCCCUCAUCAUGAUCCAGGUCUGAUCAAUCUAAACUGGAGGGAGUCUGAGCUCUGCUCCUUCGACAGUGUGUUCUACCAGACCACAGCUCUUCUGGAUCUGCAGAACCAGAGCGGUCCUGAUGUGACUCAGCAGCAGGACACACACAGGUUCUCUUAUGACGCUCACCCUCUUGUUCCCGGUGGAGUGUGUGGACAUGGGGACACACCCGGUCCAGGUCAGGACCCCUGGGGGCCUCUGGAGACGACUCUGCCCCAGACACAGUGUCCUCCAGUGGGCUCCAUGUCUGGAGGAGUGGGCCUGGUGGGGGUGGAGCUCAGCAGCAGCUGGGAACCAGCCGAACACUCACUUCUUCCCCGAUGGUUACCAUGAAGGUUACCAGGACAGCUACCGAGACGCUUACCAUGACGGGUACGUCCCACAUGUCUUCUGCAGCCCCACCACCCCGGGUCCCAGUCCUCAUUACCCACAAACCCACAGCCUCUCCAGCCCCGCGCCUCACAUCCAUCCCAUCAACGAGAAUCUGGGUUUUCACAGAGAAACAUCCACGCAGCUGAUCCCAGAUCAAACCUUCCACCGCUGCCCUCUGACCUCUGAAGCUCCUCAGCACCUCCUUCAUCAGACGAGUCAGCACCUCCUCCUGAACCAAGCGGAUCUGAUCCAGGACCAGACGGACGUCUUCGACCCCAGUUUCUCUCCUCAGGCAGGAGGCCAGAGUGUGAGCGGUGCUGCCCAAGGUCCGAGCCUCGCUGCUGGGCUGAUGUGGAGCGACAAGCCUGGAGGAGGAGGAGCAGGAGAGGGAGGAGGAAGAGGAAGAGGAGGAAGAGGAGGAAGAGGAGGAGGAGGAGGAGGAGGAGGAAGAGGAAGAAGAGGAAGAGGAGGAGGAGGAGGAGGAAGAGGAAGAGGAAGAGGAAGAGGAGGAGGAGGAGGAGGAGGAGGAGGAGGAGGAAGAGGAGGAGGAGGAGGAGGAGGAGGAGAGGCACAACCACAGUCUGUGGUUUUUAGCUCCUGUAACAUGAAAAGUUCACAACCUGAAAACAACACAAAGGUUUUAGACAACAGCAGGCUGCUGUGCACAGUGUGUAAGAGAGACUUCCGGAGUCUCCCGGCGCUGAACGGUCACAUGCGCUCUCACAGCUGCUCGAAGAAGGGGGAGGUUCCACCCGUCCGCCGCUCCGUGUCUGUGGUGAUGCCGGUGUCUGUGCCCGUCCAAUCCAGAGCGGCGUCCAAGGCGUGUAGGGCUGGACAGAGGAGAAGCAGUCGCUCGUCUCCAGCCACCGGAGGCGCUGUGCUCUACCGCAGCCUGAUGCACCUGGAGGAACAGGAAGUGGUCACUAGGGGCAGCGCAGCGGCCAGAGAGGUCGAAGGUCAUUACACCCCUCCGCCCAUGCUGUGUCCGGUCAGGGCGGGGCCGGGGCUGUACUGCUCCGUCACCACCAGGAGGCAGCGGAGAGCACCGACCGUUCAGCUCCACAGCUCAAACAAUGGACUCAGUGACCUUGUUGCCAUGGAGACACCAGCAACAGAAAUCAAUAAGCCGAGGAUCAAUGUAGGGCGGGGCUUCCAGGCUGAAGUCCCACCUCUUGGCAACCAUAAAUACGCCCACUCUGACUCCCAGAAUGCAUUGUGGCUGUGGACGCCGUGUGACGAGCUGGAGAAACCCGUCAAUCAACAGCGAGUCACGACUCUGUUGACGAUGGCUCGCUCCAGUGUGGUGCCAGGGGGCGGGGCCAGCCCAGAGUACGCCCUCACCGUCCUAUCAGAGAGCGCAGGAGACUUUCUGCUGACGCUGGAGAAACUUCUGUCGACUCCCGAGUCCUCGGACCAGAGCCGCGCAGAUGUGACGUGGAGCGCGGCUGAGACGACGGCGCUGGUCAAAUCUCUGCGGCUCCAUCGGAAAGACUUCAGCAGAGUUCAGAGAGCGGUUCAGACCAAGUCCGUCUCGCAGUGUGUGGAGUUUUAUUAUCUGUGGAAGAAGCAUCUGAGUCUGAGAGCGAGGCCCCCUGCUGGGCUGACCGUCACUCUGCCCGAGACCAAAGUCCGGAGCUCGUCAGACCACGGAGACGAGCGUGACCCUGAACGACCUUCGGCUCCCGACCGGAGGAGGUGACGAGAGCGGCUCUCAGUUUGAAGAACCAGAAACACAACUGGUGAUUGUGUUUCACUCAUUGUGUCAUCAAGUUGUGUUUAACAAGUAAAGGUUAUAGGUCUGUGAUCAGUUGAGUCCAACCCUUGUGAAUAAUCAAUAAUAACCAGUGCGUUCAUGUAACCACGCGACUGGUUUGUGUUUACCACUGGUUCUUUCUGAGGAAACGAGACUCAAACCAAAUAAAAAGUCAACUUUGAAAUCAGGAAAUGUGACGACAUCCUUUCACGUCUUUCACGACCUCACAUGAUGUGUAGAGCCUGUCGGGUUCCACAGAUCCUCCUUCUCUCUCUGAGCAGAUCCCAGGUCAGGUUAGAGAUAAAGGACCAGCAGGACAUUGUGUCUUCACUCAGGGACGUUCAGGUCGAACUCAGAGGCUCCAGACAGAGACACCGACUCUUUGUGUGUCUCCCCAGACGUGAGGACACAAUGUGAUUCAUGAACACACACUUUAGACUGAACUGUCCAAUAGGAUGCAAACAGCUCCAUGAUACAGAGAGGGACCUUCAUGUGCUGCUGGGAUGGGUGAGGCAGGGUGAGGGAGAUAUACUGGGAGGCUGUGGGAGACGUCUUCAGACUGGGUGGAGACAGUUGCUCUGUUAGUGUUUGUGUGUUGUUUCACCUUCUGGUCUCUUGAUGCAUCAAGUCGACAUUAAAACCUUCAGCUGCUGCCAGGAAACUUCCAGGAAACUUCCAGGAAACUUCCAGGAAACUUCCAGGAAACUUCCAGAACUAAACACAAGAGAGAAAACGUCUGUUGAACAAAGUGAAGAAUCGUGACUCUGAAAACUCACCAAUCACAUUAAUGUCUUAAACUGAUCAAACACUGAACACAACAGGAAGCUGAGUCAAACCACUGAUGGAAACUAACAUGACCCGACACACACACACACACACACACACACUAUCACACCCACAAACACCCACAAACACACACACAGCGGCUAUCAGAAAUGACUCGUCAGUCUCACAAAGGUGACACUGUGACAGGAAGUGUGUGUGUGUGUGUGUGUCUCUGUGUGUGUCUCUGUGUGUGUGUGUGUGUGUGUCUCUGUGGUUUUCAUUCAUUCAGGUUCAGUUUCACACUGAAGUUUCUGACCUGAAACACUGAACCAACACACGUAGACUUUACUGAUGAUGCAGUCGAGCUCCGACAAACACUUUAAUAAUGUUGUUACUUAUACAACACAAAGAUUUUAAUUAUAUUUAUAUACAUAUAUAAUAUAUGUGUGUAUCAUUAUGGUAAAGUAGUCUCACUUAUCUUUUUGUCCACUUUUGAAUCGCUUUGUGUCUCAAGGUCAGAGGUCAACAAGAUCCCAUGAUGCAUCCUGAACCAGGGACUGGACUGAAGCUACACACACACACACACACACACACACACACACACACACACACACACACACACACACACACACACACACACACACACACACACACACACACACACACAGGUUUAGUUGCUAAAGUUCAUGAUGUACUUCCAGUUCAGUGAAGUUAGUUCUGUGGCUGAAUAUGAAAUUUAAAAAGUCCUUUAUUUUCUGUAAUGUUGUGAAAUAAAAUGUGUUGAACAGUU